AUGCAGGUCCCCAGCCCCAGCGUGCGCGAGGUGGCCUCCAUGUACGGCACAGCGGUGGCCGUCUUCUUGGUCAUCCUGGUGGCCGCACUGCAGGGCUCGGCCCCCCCUGAGAGCCCCUUCCCCUACCGCAUCCCCCUGGACCCUGAGGGCACCCUGGAGCUGUCGUGGAACGUCAGCUAUGUGCAGGAGACCAUCCACUUCCAGCUCCUGGUGCGGGAGCUCAAGGCCGGUGUCCUGUUUGGGAUGUCAGACCGCGGCGAACUGGAGAACGCAGACCUGGUCGUGCUCUGGACCGACGGGGACAGUGCCUACUUUGGGGAUGCCUGGAGUGACCAGGAGGGGCGGAUCCACCUGGACACCCAGCAGGAUUACCAGCUGCUGCGGGCACAGAGGACCCGGGAAGGCCUGUCUCUGCUCUUCAAGAGGCCCUUUAGCACCUGUGACCCCGAGGAUUACUUCAUUGAGGACGGCACCGUCCACUUGGUGUAUGGGAUCCUGGAGGAGCCGUUCCAGUCCCUGGAGGCCAUCAACACCUCAGGCCUGCAGACGGGGCUGCAGAGGGUGCAGCUGCUGAAGCCCAACAUCUCCAUCCCCGCCCUGCCCGCGGACAUGCGCACCAUGGAAGUCCGUGCCCCGGACGUCCUGAUCCCCGGCCAGGAGACCACGUACUGGUGCUACAUCACUGAGCUCCCGGAAGGCUUCCCCCGGCACCACAUCGUCAUGUAUGAACCCAUCGUCACUGAGGGCAACGAGGCCCUGGUGCACCACAUGGAGGUCUUCCAGUGUGCAGCCGAGUUCGAGAGCUUCCCCCACUUCAGCGGGCCCUGUGACUCCAAGAUGAAGCCGGAGAGGCUCAACUACUGCCGCCACGUGCUGGCCGCUUGGGCCCUGGGUGCCAAGGCCUUUUACUACCCAGAGGAAGCUGGCCUUGCUUUCGGGGGCCCCAGGUCCUCCAGAUUUCUCCGCCUGGAAGUUCAUUACCACAACCCGCUGAUGAUAAAAGGCCGGCGCGACGCCUCGGGCAUCCGCCUGUACUACACGGCCACGCUGCGACGCUUCGACGCGGGCAUCAUGGAGCUGGGCCUGGUGUACACGCCCGUGAUGGCUAUUCCCCCGCAGGAGACGGCCUUUGUCCUCACCGGCUACUGCACGGACAAGUGCACCCAGCUGGCCCUGCCUCCCUCGGGGAUCCACAUCUUCGCCUCGCAGCUCCACACGCACCUGACGGGCAGGAAGGUGGUCACGGUGCUGGCCCGGGACGGCCGCGAGAGGGAGGUUGUGAACAGGGACGACCACUACAGCCCUCACUUCCAGGAGAUCCGCAUGUUGAAGAAGGUGGUGUCUGUCCACCCGGGAGACGUGCUCAUCACUUCCUGCACAUACCACACGGGAGACAGGCAGCUGGCCACCGUGGGCGGCUUUGGGAUCCUGGAGGAGAUGUGCGUCAACUACGUGCACUACUACCCCCAGACGCAGCUGGAGCUCUGCAAGAGCGCCGUGGACCCCGGCUUCCUGCAGAAGUACUUCCACCUUGUGAACAGGUUCAACAGCGAGGAUGUCUGCACCUGCCCUCAGGCCUCCGUCCCUGAGCAGUUUGCCGCUGUGCCCUGGAACUCCUUCAACCGCCAGGUGCUCAAGGCGCUGUAUGGCUUCGCCCCCAUCUCCAUGCACUGCAACAAGUCCUCGGCCGUCCGCUUCCAGGGCGAGUGGAAUCUGCAGCCCCUCCCCAAGAUCAUCUCCAAGCUGGAAGAGCCCACCCCUCGCUGCCCAGCCGGCCGGGGUCAGAGCCCCGCUGGCCCCACCGUGGUCAGCAUGGGCGGGCGCAAAGGCUGA